AUGACUGGACCGAAGAAUGAUGGGGCUGAGCUUGAACGCAGUUCUGAAGCGCGGGCAGUUGGCCAACUGCCACGCUUGCGCACGCUUCUCCGCCCUGUCCCACUUGGCCAGCAACUGCCAAAUCUGCGGCCAGACUCGUCUCCAACCACAAACUUCAUUCCAGCUUUCCGUAUCAUUGCAAAAUCUUCUUCAAACGCGCGGCACCGACGCACACACACCGACACGGCAACCUCGCGGUCACACAAGCGGCACAGCGGCAUCGCACCGACAGAGGGCGACGCACCAGAGGCACGCACGCAGGAGCGCGCCAGUCAAUCGGGGGACGCCGGCAAGGCGUCCGAGUCGCAGGAAACACCAGCGGAAGCGUCUCCUUCGGGCAACGAGUGCCGGGUGCACUUCGCGGGCAACAACGACGACAAGGAGGGCGACAGCGGCGAGGAGCACGUCGACGCCGAUGGCGAUGAGGUCAUGGAGGGCUCCACCGUGGAUGUUUAG